AUGAGCGCAGGAUUCGGAGGUGGUUUUGGCCAACCGGCAGCAACGGGAUUUGGUCAGCAGCCUACCGGUGGUUUUGGGCAAGCACCGCAGGGUGGGGCGUUUGGCCAGGUUGCUCCAGCGGCUACUGGUUUUGGUCAGCCCUCUCAGAGUGCUGUCACCGGAGGUUUCGGGCAGACAAAUACUGGUGGUUUCGGACAACCUGCAGCAACUGGUUUCGGUCAACCUGCUCAGGGUGCUGUCACCGGAGGUUUCGGGCAGACAAAUACUGGUGGUUUCGGACAACCUGCAGCAACUGGUUUCGGUCAACCUGCUCAGAGUGCUGUCACCGGAGGUUUCGGGCAGACAAAUACUGGUGGUUUCGGUCAGCCUGCUCAGGGUGGGUUUGGCCAGACAGCGGCAGCGGCUAACGCCUUUGGACAGGCGGGCCCCUCAGGUGGCUUCGGGCAGACAAAUACUGGUGGAUUCGGCCAGCAGUCCAACAGUGGGUUUGGUCAAGCUGGUCGGGGCGCGACAGCCGGAUUUGGGCAGCCCGGAACUGGUUUUGGUCAACCAGCUACCGGAGGAUUCGGUCAAGCAACUUCUGCCUCUCCAUUUGGACAAGCAGCGGCAGGCCGCGGUGUUGGUGGUGGUUUUGGUACUGCGGCUGGCACAGUUGGUGGUUUUGGGCAGCCUGCUGCGACGGGUGGUUUCGGUCAAACGGCAACUACAGGUGGAUUCGGGCAGCCUGCUCAGGGAGCUGCAGCUGGUGGUUUUGGUCAACCAGCUACCGGAGGAUUCGGUCAAGCAACUUCUGCCUCUCCAUUUGGACAAGCAGCGGCAGGCCGCGGUGUUGGUGGUGGUUUUGGUACUGCGGCUGGUACAGUUGGUGGUUUUGGGCAGCCUGCUGCGCCGGGUGGUUUCGGUCAAACGGCAACUGCAGGUGGAUUCGGGCAGCCCGCUCGGGGAGCUGCAGCUGGUGGUUUUGGUCAACCAGCUACCGGAGGAUUCGGUCAGGCAACUUCUGCCUCUCCAUUUGGACAAGCAGCGGCAGGCCGCGGUGUUGGUGGUGGUUUUGGUACUGCGGCUGGCACAGUUGGUGGUUUUGGGCAGCCUGCUGCGACGGGCGGUUUCGGUCAAACGGCAACUACAGGUGGAUUCGGCCAGCCUGCUCAGGGAGCAAAUACUUUCGGACAGGGGACUCCUUCGGCUGGUGGUUUUGGGCAGGCCGGUCGAGGCGUGACUGGAGGCUUCGGUCAAACUGGCGUGACCGGUGGUUUCGGGCAAACGGCAACUACAGGCGGAUUUGGCCAACCUGCUCAGGGGGCUGCAACCGGUGGUUUUGGUCAAGCUGGUCGGGGCGCAGCGGACGGAUUUGGUCGACCUGCUCAGGGAGCUGCAGCUGGUGGUUUUGGUCAACCAGCUACCGGAGGAUUCGGUCAAGCAACUUCUGCCUCUCCAUUUGGACAAGCAGCGGCAGGCCGCGGUGUUGGUGGUGGUUUUGGUACUGCGGCUGGCACAGUUGGCGGUUUUGGGCAGCCUGCUGCGCCGGGUGGUUUCGGUCAAACGGCAACUACAGGUGGAUUCGGCCAGCCCGGUCGGGGAGCUGCAGCUGGUGGUUUUGGUCAACCAGCUACCGGAGGUCUAGGGCUCGCGGGCGGAAGUGGUUUUGGCGCUGCUGCCGGCGCUGGUGGGUUUGGGCAGCAAAGCACUGCUUCCCCGUGGGGUGGUGGUGCCACCCCUGCGGCACCUGUCGAUGUGUCUCUCCUGAACCUUCCGGAGUUUGCCGACAAGCCUUAUGGCAACGUUUUACUCUUUGCGCCUGAGAAGCCACCAAAAAAACCAAUUUCAGUUGGUCAUACACCAUCUCCAGCUGCCCCCUUCAACCCCAUCUCGGUACCACGUUACCAACAAAGGAUACCGGUGGGUAUCCCAGCACCCACAGUGUCCGCUAACGUGAAGCUUCAACCUACGCCUUUUUCAACCUCAGCCUUAUCCUCAGUGGAGCUUCGUGAAUUGUUGAACGCUUCAAAAGUUAACUUGGGGGUAUCCGAUGAUGUCCAAAAAAUCGACUCACCGAAGGUCUCGCGGGUGGUGGCAGCUGGUGAGAAGCCGCCUUCACAUGAUGCGGCGGUCUUUGCGCCUGUGUGCUCAAAAGAGGAGUAUAUACUGGAUCCACCUCUAGCCACACUACAGGGGCUUGCGGUUCGACAGUUGCAGGAGGUUUAUGGUUUUAGUGUUUACCGCCGGGAUGGUAAGUGCUCCGUUCACUUUCUUGAGCCUGUGAACCUUGUUCGAUGUGAUAUCGCUGAGAUCGUUGAGCUUCGUCCUAGUGGUGAAGUUAAGCUUUAUCCAUGUGUGCAAAACCCUCCCUCCAUCGGCCAAGGUCUCAAUGUGAAAGCUCGUGUAACCGUGAACGGUGUUAUUGGGACGACAAGCAACGACCUUCUUAUCCGCUGCCAGAAAGAAGGUAACAGAUUUGAGUCUUACGAUGUGAACACGGGGACGUGGGUUUACGUGAUGAAUGUUGGCGACGAUGGUCAAAAUGAAUAUGACGAUGCUGACCGCGAAGUUGACAUAGUCGAGACUGAUACGCAGGUCCAAGAUGGUGAGCAGUUUCCUGUUGCCAAUGAUAUUGCUGACGGCGGGGUGCGUGCUAUUUCCCAGCUGGACACAUGUGCCCAAUUGAAAAGGUCUGAUCCACCGUCACCACCAUUUCUACAACAGCAGCAGCAGGUGCCCGUAUUGCACCAAAAUGAAGCGGUUUCAGCAUUGUCGUUUUCACGGUAUGCCCCAUUUGACGAUCAGUCUCUUAUUCUUCCGCAACGCACGCAGAGGGUGUCUGUGCUGCGACAAGCUGUGCACCGCCCUGCUGCGGAUACAACCUCGGGGAUCUCCGACUUCGAACUGCCGUACACGCUUCCCAGCCCCAAGAAAACCCCUCUCUGUGAGCGGAAGGGCCCGUUGGUCGUGAAGGAACCCUACGCGAAGGCACACGGGCCUGUUUACGUUGUGAAGAGGGAGGACAGUAAGAUGUACGAAAUGAAUGCAAGCGUGGUUUCGCGGGGCGCAAUGGCAAGUCUGAGUCGGAGUUUCCGAUGUGGGUGGUGCACCGGAGGGCGUCUGGUUGCCCCAAUGUUCGCCUGGGUUCGUGACGGGACAGAGAGUAGGCAUUCUGUGGAUGAAGUUCUCGGCUCGCGAGUGGUUAUGUCAACUGUUUACUUUGCCCAUGCAACAAGUAAGCACUACUUGCAGAGUUGCGCCAUAUCAGUACUGCGCGCGCUGUGUCGGCACGCGCACAGGGUGGAUGCCUCUUCGGACAAGGAAGGCUUUUUCCCGCUUCUGGAGCUAGGAUUGUGCCGAGACACCGGCUCCACCUCCCUUUCGACCGAAAAGUUACGUGAGGUUAUCGCUGCUGUCGAUGCCGUUCGUUUCGACGGAGCUUCUGCAGUGGGGGAGUCCACGGCACGGCAAGCCAAAACAAUUCUUUCUCUACUCGAUGCCCUUUAUGGAUUGCCUGAUGCCGACGAGGCAGACAAAAAUGCCAUUACUGAGAGGCGUUACCUCACUCAACUGCGGAGGCGGAACCUGAAUUCGUGGUUGAAGACGGAGCUGGAAUAUAUGGAUUUGUGGACCGACCUGGACGUGGAUGCGAACCCAUCGCAAAAGUUACUUCGGAAGUUGCUGUGCGGCAAGCUACGGGAGGCCUCGUCUGUGGCGAAGGCAUUGGGGAGCACAGAACUUUCACGCGUUGUAGGAAUAUGUGGAGAGGGGAACCAUUUUGGGAGCUACGUGCAGACGUCCGACAAUAGUUGCAUAGACGAAGCACUUGGCAUCCGGGAGCGUGUGGUGAGCCUCCUCUCUGGUAUUGUUGAGCCUUUUGUCUCUCAGCCCCAGUACGCGUGGGCUGAGGACGAAAAGGGUGGCCGCACCGUUGCGAAGGUGCCAUUGGCAGCAACAUGGAAGCAGUUGCUGGGAGUAUUUGCCUUCUACGGCUGCACACCUGACAGCUCCGCGGAGGAGACAAUUGACUGUUUUCUCAAACGGCUUCGAGCACCAACCUCACGUCGUGAGAAUUCCUUUCCUCCAUACGCUGAACGUAUCUCAGCUGACAAACUAGGAACAGGUCGCGGUCGGAGUUUCGUUUCCCUCGGGGAGUGGUUUCCUGAUGCCGCGCUGAGCCUGUUGGAGGGUUUCGCGAUGGGUGUGGCUCCCGCCGCCACUGCACUUCAUCCACAUUCAUCAAGUUACUGUGCAACGGAUUACUUGACACCAUUCAUAAUUAUAGUAAGUGUCCGUGCUUUGAAGUUACAGCGCACAGACACCUAUGACGACGCUGAAACAAAAGCACUUCUGGGGUUUGCCGCAGCGCUGGAGUGUCUUAGUGAUGCGUGGUUCUGGGCUUUACUGCCGCUCCAUAUGAUAGUUGACGACAAGUGCCGGGCUGUGGCUGUUGAGCAGUGUUUGCGCCGUAACGCCCACCGGUUCCAGGGAGGGGCGUGCCGCACCAACACGGACUACGUACAUUUGGCAGAGCUGUUGAAAAUUAAUGCUCGGCUGUUAGAUGUGGAGAUGCUGUUAGAGAAAGUCCCGGCAGAUGCACCUGUGAAUGCGCCAAGCAUUCGCACUCACUCGUCUCUGCAGGAAGCGCUUCACCGUUUCAGUCGGGGGUUUACAAAGAGAUGA